AUGGCUUUCUUUGAGGGCACCCUUCAAGAGGGCAUUUCGGCCGCUCUGCAACAGUCGAAGUCCGUCAUGUGCUUUGUCACAGAUGGCGAGGCUGAGAGUCAAACAUGGGAGCUUCAAUACUUCCUCGACGAAACACUCAGGGACGGCCAACUCAAGGAGUAUAUCGCUGCUGGUGCUUCCAAGGAAGACUUUAUGAAGAGGAUGAAGGCGGCACUUACGCCGACGGAAUCUGCCCCUGGCCAACCACUUCCUUCUCAAGCCGCAGCUCUCCAACCGCCUGUCAUCCAGGCACCGGAUUCUGCCACGAGCCAGCCAAGCCAUGCCGACGAAUCCUCGUCUAGUAGCUCGGGCCAGGCCACCCCACCAUCAACCACCAAUUCUCGAGUGCAGUCCAUGCUGACUGCAAGGGCUGCGAGGGUUCUCGAGCAAAAGAAGAAGGACGAAGCAGAGGCGAAGCGGCAAAGCGCGGAGAAAGGCAAGGCAAAAGCAGAGGCCGGGGCGCCAAAGAAGACCGAUGAACAGAAUAGGCACGCCGCCGCCCUCAAAAAGAAGCAGCGUGAGGCGCGGGAGGAGCGGGAGCGUAUCCUCAAAGCAAUCGAGGACGACAAGGUCGCGCGGAAAGCCCAAAGGGAAGAGGAAGCGGCCGCCCGGAGGAUGUCCAUGGUUUCCGAGAAACCCGACCUGGCCACGCUGACGAAAGUCUCUUCGUCCGCAGGCCGGCUAAGCGAGCACUGCGCCAUCCAAGCUCGCCUGUUUGACGGCUCGACAAUCCGCCACCGCUUUUCUAGUAGCGACACGCUCACUGACGUGAGGAAGUGGGUUGACGAGAAUCGCGGGGAUAGUAAGGAGGCCUUCUCCUUCAAGGUACUCCUGACCCCGUUGCCGAGCAAGACCAUCGACGUCACUGAGGAGGACAAGUCUCUCCAGGCACUGGAGCUGGCCCCUUCUUCGACGCUGAUUCUCCUACGUGUACCCAAGUUCAAGGUCGCCUAUUCAGCUUCGCCGGGCGCCGCGGCGGGAGAACCUCAAGGCAACAUCUUCCAGCGGCUUAUUGCUUACUUCUUGGCUAUCAUCACCGGCUUCUUCAGCACCGUUUCCGCGUUCGUCUCGAGCUUCUUGAGCACGGGCGGGUCGUCGGGAGCCCUGGAGUCUAGUACUGCACAGGCUACUAGUUCUCAGAGCCAGGCGGCUGCGGAUGUAGCCAGGCGACGUGCUGGGCGCAUAGCGGGGAUGGACCAUGCAGAAGGGCGGCGGAAUGACCAACAAUUCUACAACGGCAAUUCUCCGAGGUCAGAUGAUGGAGAGUAG